AUGAGAACAAGACCGGAUGUCGUAUCGAGUGACACAGUGUCUUUGUGGAUAUUGAAUUGUAUCGAUCGUUUUUCGAAGUUUUCAUGGGCUUUUCCUUUCUUAAACAAGUCGGCAAAUGAAGUUGUUCUACGUUUGAAAGGAUUGUUCUACGUUUUCGGACCGCCGCGUUUACUACAUUCAGACAAUGGAAGAGAGUUUGUUGCUAGUGUAAUUGAUGGAUUGAAAGUUUUAUUUCCAUCUAUGUGUUUCGUUCGAGGACGACGUCGUCAUCCACAAUCUCAAGGAUGUGUUGAAAGAGCGAAUGGUGUGUUGACCGGAGCGUUAGGAAAAUCGAUGGCGGCCGAAGAUUCAGUUCAUUGGUCUGAGGGCUUACUACCGGUUGUAUAUGGAAUCAAUACAAGAGUAUCUUCUGUAACUAAAAGUACUCCGUACGAAGUUCUUUUUGGUCAAAAGCCGCGUUCAGAUGUGGAAUUUUGGCGAGUAGUUAAAAAGAACAAUAUUUUAGACGAAGACGAUUUGCCGGGUAAUGUAGAGGAAAUUUAUGAAACUCCAGAUGAGAAAGCCACUUUAGACCUGCUUGAUUUGGACGAUGAAUUAGAUACUCCUGAUGUUAAUGAUGCAAAUGAAAAAGAUACUUCUAUCUCUGCUGGUCCGGUUAAUGUUGACACCACUGCUUCUCUUGCUAUGUUGCUCACUUCUUCGGUCACUGAUCUCGAUGAUUGCACAACACUUGUUAAUCUUAUUACUUUAGAUUCUCCUAAAUCUCCUUCAAGACCUAUUCAAGAUCUUUUCGUUGUUGUUGAUGUUCCAGACACUGAUAUGAAAACCACGCAAACUUAUGAUCUUCUCAAUGAGUUGAUAGCACUUUGUGACUCUGUCGAAACAACUUCACAAAUGACUCUUUCAACUCCUUCUGAAGCUUGCAAUGUUUCUGUAGCUUCUACAAUAAACUCAAUUCAUUCCUCUUCGCAAUUGCCACGUCAUGAUCUGAUAAGAAAGAAGGCAACUGAAAACUAUGUUGCUACUGCCAACAAAAAGCGAAAACUUUACGAUGAUCAUUUAACAACUUUAGCUGAAAGUCUGAAACUUGGUGAUUGUGUCCGUAUAAAAAUUCACGAGGUUGAUCGUACUAAUACAGAUCCAAAAAUCUUACCAUGUUUGAUUGUUUGGAAAGAGAAAAAUGUUUUUAAAAUAGUUUGUCAGUUCGGCAAACUCGAUCAAGGUUUUGGAGUUGAAAGUCUAAUCCCUAUGCAAGCAGCUUGUCCAGUUGAAUUAAAGAGUCUGAAAUUAGAUGAAUUGAAAGAUAUUAGUUUAAUAGAAGCUAGUAAACUCUUCGUUAGAGGUUCAGUUAAUGGAGCGACGUGUGAUUGUAAAAGUUUAUGUGCCACUAAACACUGUCCCUGUAAGAAAGCCAAUGUCAAAUGUUCUACGAAAUGUCAUUCAAAAAAAGGUGAUUGUAAAAAUAAAGAGUAG